AUGGCAGGGUCUGCAGGCGCAAGCGUAGCCAGACCCGCUGGUGAUAGGAUCCUCGUGGAAUGGCUAGACCCUGUGAUAGUUAAAGUGACAAUUAAUCGACCCGAGGCGCUGAAUUCGCUGACGCGGCCCAUGAUCCGCGAGCUCGCUCAGGCGUUUAAGAAGAUUCGCUUGGAAGGGAGGGCGAGGGCUGUCAUUCUCACCGGCGCUGGCCGCGCGUUCUGCGCUGGAGUGGACCUGACAGCGGCACAGAGCGUGUUUCAGGGGGAUGUGACGGACGAAGAGGCAGACGUGGUGGUGCAGAUGGAACGAUGCCCCAUGCCCAUCAUAGGAGCCAUCAACGGCCAUGCCAUCACUGCUGGGUUUGAGAUCGCCCUGGCUUGUGACAUUCUUAUUGGCAGCACGCAUGCCAAAUUCGCUGACACGCACAGCAAGUUCGGCAUUUUCCCAUCAUGGGGCCUUUCACAAAAGCUUCCUCGCCUCAUCGGGGUGAACAGGGCACGAGAGGUCUCUCUAACAGCAGAGCCAGUCAGCGCAGACAAGGCGGGGCGGUGGGGUUUGUUGUCCAGAGUGGUUGAGGCAGAUCAGCUCAUGCCGACAGCAAUCGCCAUUGCCAAGACCGUCGCUGCCAACCAUCCUGGCAUGGUGCUUCGUUACAAGGCAGUGAUCAAUGACGGGAUUGGUCUGAGUCUCAGCGAUGGGAGGCGGCUAGAGACGGUGUACGUAAUCAACAGCGCCAAGAUCGUGUUCCUCAACGGCCGGCCGCAGGCUCGUCCCGUGAAGGGCGCGCCGUUCUAUUGCGAGACGUGCGAGAGAAUGCUGCUCGACGCGAGUCGGUUCUGCUCCCUCGGCUGCAAACUCGCUGCUGUCCCGAAAGAUUCUACGCUUACUUUUGUUCCGCGGGUUGCGUCGGCGUCUGGAGGACAUGGCGCCGGGUGUAACGGGACGAACGCCGCGAAGCGUGCGUCAGCAGCUGGCCCUGCCACAUCACACCGGGCGAAUGGGUACAAUGCAGCGGCGGCAGGCGGAGAUGCUGACACGUGGCGGGAGGAGAACGGCAUUGGUAAUGCGUCCGCUGCGUGGGUUCAGAAGGCGAGAACGACAGGAAAGAAGCGCGUUACUCCUGAAGUGAACACGGCGACGUCGUCCCCGGAAAUUUCUCUGCUAGCUGCUUCUAUGGAGUAUGACAAUAUCGAGGACAGCUUCGGCGGCGCAGACAGCGGCAGAAUUCUCGUACCGUACGACGACGACGACCGUCUGCUUGGCGAGCGUGACGGUGACGUUAACGGUGACGGACAGUGCGACGGGUCGUUCGUUUGGAGCCAGCGCGGAUUCGGCGGAGGAAAGAGAGUCCGCGUGGAAAAGUAUCCGCUUGCGGGGAAAUUCCCGCAGCUCGUGCCGAUUUCGUCCCCGUUUUCUUAUCCUGACGGCUCGCCGUCAUCUCCUCCGCGGCUCGGGUUCUCCCCGCCGUCAACGCCGAGCCUGACCGGCAAUCGCCGACGGAAGGGUGUGCCUCAGCGAUCUCCUCUGGUGUGA